UUAGCAUCCCCAUAAACAAUAUCUUUAGAAAAAGUUAGUGGCGGCAUCAUACUCAACUCAACAGCUUUUUAGGUUAUUCGGCGAAUAACUGAAUUUGUAUUUAUUUUAACUAUUAAAAGAAAAAGACAAAUAACCAAAAAUGGCAGCGGCUAUGCCCAUCAACCCCAAGCCUUUCCUCAACAGUUUGACAGGGAAAUCCGUGCUUGUGAGGCUAAAAUGGGGCCAUGAAUACAAAGGGCUCCUAGUGUCCGCCGAUGGUUACAUGAAUCUGCAGUUAGCUAACACCGAGGAAAUUGUUGACGGCAAAUGCACAGGAAAUCUUGGUGAAGUUCUAAUCAGAUGUAACAAUGUUCUGUACGUGCGAGGGGCAGAAGAAGAGGAUGAAGAGGGGGAAAUGAAAGAAUAACUUUUAGUGUAUAAUUUUUAUAAGUUGUAAUAAGUAUACUAGGGUAUUGGACUUACCGAGAACAUGAAACUGGUAAAAGGAUCUGUAUUGAGAGAGCCAAUGAUAUUUUAUUUGGGUAACUAGACUUUAAUAUACAAAUUCCAAACCUAACAGAAUAAUGGAAUCAAUAAUUUUCUUUAUUAUAAAAGUGUAUUAAGUUAGUCUGGACAUAGGUAUGUUUUCCAUUUGAAUCUAAAUUAAUGAUUUACAUGGAAACAAUCAUGAUUGUUUACAAGACUUGUGAUUACUGAAACUAGUGAUUCUUUUAGAUAGUUUCAUGAACUCUACUCAGUGUUUGUGGCACAUUGCACCAACUGUUGAAUUGAAUUAUUCAAUUUUGUGAUUUUCUUAAAUAAUAAGAAUCUAUUCCAA